UUGUCUUGAUUUACCAUCUAAUUUGAUUGCUAUUAUUAAAAUAGCUCUUCAUCUUCUCUCUUUUUAGGUAUGUGUAAGUCAGAAAAGAUGGUGUUAGUUCAGGUGUUCAGCCCUUCAGUUUUAUCUGCUGCAUUUUGUAGGCUUGUUUUGUUGCUUGGAAGUAACCUGGAAUUUAUCACGGGGGCCCAUUCUAACUGAAGUGCCUCCAGGAAAGACGCAGUCUUGGUUUUUCCAGUAAAAUUCCUUUCCGCAGGCUGUCCUGGCAGCGUAGCGGCCCCUCUGCGCUGGGGUGUCGGUCCCGGCCGCUCUGGCGGAGCGCGAGCGCUGCCUGAGGGCAGCCACGGCACCGUGAGGAGAAGGAGCGCGGCCCUUCUCCCGCUGCCUCAGGGCGGCGGGACCGGGAGGAGAAGGAAGGGAGACCUUCUGCCGCUCCGCCCUCGGCCAGCCCGCCUUCUCGCUGCUGGAGAAGAAGGUUCAUGUCGCUGGGCUGGGCUGAGACGGCACAUUCGCUCGGUGGCGGCUGGUGCUGCUGCCUCCGCCCGCCUCCAGCCUUUCCCAGUCCGCCAGGCACGGCGGGAGGCGGGCCCAGCGAGCUUCGCUGACGGGAGGCGGCCGCCGGGAAGCGCCAGGCCGGGGGACGGGAGAACUGCGGCGGUGAGAGUUAUAGCCAUUGCGAGGGAAUAGAUAAUGAAGUAUCUACCCAUUUCUAACUGGCUAAGCCAGCUUGGUCUUGCAGAAUAUUGCACGCUCUUUGAACGAUAUGAUGGCAUAGAGGACUUACUCCAUCUUACAGAAGUUGAUCUUAAAAAGCUGGGAAUUGAAAACCAAGGCCACCGAACACACCUCAUUUCCAGUAUCCUGCUGCUUCAGGAGGUAAAAAAAAAGAGAGAACCAAAAAUGAUAGCUGCAGGAAAAUUUUCAAGUCUUCCCAGAAAUGGCCCAAUGAACCGCCAGUUCUCAUUAGCUUCUUCCAUGGACCUUUUGACCACUAAACCUUCACCAACUGAGCAUCGCUCAAACUCCUUUCAAGGCAUCUCUAUCCAUGGCACUCUCCCCCGGAAGAAGAAGGGGACAAUUCCCAGUAGGUCUUGUGAUAUGUUUAGCCACGUGGGAACAUUGCCUUACACCAGAACACACCGGCAGCCACCACCUUUUGUACAGGAUGUUAUAGAAGAGUACCCUCCAGAAAAUGAGAAGAGCAGCAAACUCAAUGGCAGAGAUCAGAAUAUUCUGGAUCCUACUUUGGAAUAUGUUAAGUUUUCUAGGGAGAGGCAGGUUAUGGACAACAGCCCGGAAAAACUGAAGAAGGAGUUAGAGGAAGAACUGCAGCUGAGUAGUGAGGACUUGCGUAGCUAUGCCUGGUACCACGGACGUAUUCCUCGGCAGGUGGCAGAAGACCUAGUUCAGAGGGAUGGAGAUUUUCUGAUUAGGGAUUCUCUCUCCAGUCCUGGGAACUUUGUUCUUACUUGUCAGUGGAAAAAUACUUCUCAGCAUUUUAAAAUCAACAAAACAGUUCUGAGACUCAAUGAAGCCUACUGCCGUGUUCAGUAUCAGUUUGAACUGGAAAGUUUUGACAGUAUCCCUGGCUUAGUUAGAUACUAUGUUGGGAAUCGUGCACCAAUAUCAAAGCAGAGUGGAGCAAUUAUUUUUCAGCCUAUCAACAGGACUGUGCCUCUCAGGUGUCUAGAAGAAAAGUAUGGUGUAACUCCAGUCCAACAAAAAGAGCCAAGUACCCCUGAGGGAAAAACAGAAACUGCAAAAAGGCUGAGUCUUGGUAUAUCCAGCAUGCAAUCCCCGGAGCAGAGCAUACCCAGAGGAAAUCUUUUGAGAAACAAAGACAAAAGUGGUAGCCAGCCAGCUAGUUUGGACCAUGUUCUGGAGAAAAGAUUCCCUUUGAAGGCUCACCAGUCAGAGAGUUAUCUGCUAAUAGGUUCAAGACAUCCAUCUCGAUUACCUGAAGCAGAGACAAACUCCUGUCCAAGUUCACCUGCAUUUAGAACAGGCAGUGAACCAUCUCUAAGCCCCACAGUUGUUCAGAAACUCACCCUGGAGUCACAAGCAGGGGAAGCUCUGAGAGGAUCAGACAGUCAGCUCUGUCCAAAGCCUCCACCUAAACCCAGCAAACCCCUGAUGAAGCCCCCAGGUUCUCCUUUGGCUUCCCACAGUUCAGAAGGACACUACUGUGAACUAAACCCUACCAGACAUCCUGCAGCAACAAAACAACACUUAUGUCAGAAAAACAGCUACGUGGAAUAUCUGACACGAAAGGAGAGGGGAACACACUCAUUCAGGAACUCUGAAACGAGCUAUCUGAUCCUUGACGAUGAUCAUCCUACAGUGAACCCUGCAGAUCCUUUAGAAGCUUCAACUCAGAUGGCUGAAGAGGACAUCAUCUUUUCUGCACCUGUUUUUGAGACAGUGUCUAGUUUUAAACCAAAUGAUUUUGAAUCCAUACUACUUCCUCCUGAAAACAAGCCAUUGGAAACAUCAAUGUUAAGAAGAGUUAAGGAGCUUUUCACCAACAAUAACCCAAAGAUUAUUGCACAGCAUAUUCUUCGAAUGGACUGCAAGGUGGCCAGGAUAGUAGAGGUUUCUGAAGAGAUGAGGAGGAAUAUGGGAGGGAACUCUGGUCUUGAACUGAUUACCUUGCCUUACGGACAUCAACUGCGCCUUGAUCUCAUUGAAAGGCACAAUACCAUGGCAAUAGGAAUAGCUGUGGAUAUCUUGGGUUGCACAGAAAAUGUAGAAGAUAGAGCAGCAACAUUAAACAGAAUCAUCCAAGUUGCUGUGGAGCUGAAGGAUUCACUGGGGGAUUUAUAUGCGUUUUCUGCCAUUAUGAAAGCACUAGAAAUGCCACAGGUCAGUAGAUUAGAACAAACCUGGACUGCUCUAAGACAUCGUUAUACCCAGACUGCCAUUAUGUAUGAAAAACAGCUGAAACCAUCUUGCAAAGCUUUGCAUGAAGGACAGGAUGAGUGGAAUAAGACCAUCAGUGCUCCGCAGAACAACAUAACAGUGCCACUGCUGAUGCCUCUUCUUACCUUGCUGGAGCGUCAAGCUGUUGUUUUUGAAGGCACGGAGCUGUGGGAGAGCACUGACCAGAGCGGGGAGAUAAUGCUGCGGCACUUGGCCACGGCCCGUGCGAUAGCGCAGCACGCGCAGAGCUUCCACCGGGCUGCGGAGCAGGCGCUGAGAGGUUUCCAGCCAGAUGAAGAGCUGAGUGAAAUCUUCAAGACAGAAUUUCAAAUGAGAUUGCUCUGGGGCAGCAAAGGAGCACAAGUUAAUCAAAGUGAAAGAUAUGAGAAAUUCAACCAGAUUUUAACUGCACUUUCCCGAAAACUGGAACCUCCUCUAGUGAAGCUGGUGGAACAAUUAAGUAUAUAAGACUCUGUAAACACUAUUUAAAAUUAUAUACUUGAAAUAACCUUAGAAUUCUUCUGGCAAUUUGAUACUGCACAGACCUCUUGCAUUUCACAAGAUGUUUAGAACUUUAAAUGCACAAUGCACACUUGUUUUAAAACUACUGAUUUCUAAACAAAUUAUUUAUUUACUGUGACAUCAAGUCAUUUAAUGAUCCCUUUAAACAGUUGGUUAUUCCUUUAUUUCUCCAGAGUUGCAAUGUUUUAAUGAUGCCAAUGAGUAAGGGCAUUGGCAUCUUAGUAUUAAGAUGAAGCAAACACUGUAAAUAAAAUGAUAGAUUAAGUAUCUGACAUGGCAGAAAAAUUGUUGUAUAAUAUUCCUUUAAUGACUAUAAAACACUGUAAAUAGAAUUGUGAUUUGAAGUGUAUCUUUAUGCAAAAUAAUUUGCAUAUUUAGAGAUCACAGAAAUACUGCAGGUUGCAGAAAUGAUCCUUUAUCUGUGACCACAACACAAGGCUCAAAUGUCACUGUGCCUGUGAAAGUAGAAAAUGAGUUUGUCUAUGUGUUGGGACAACUUAUGUUUUUUUUAAGACAGCACCUGUAGUGCUUUGGCUUUUGCUGAAGCCUGCACAACAGCUAUGCUGCCAGGAAUGAAUGAUGAAAUGACAAGAACAAACAAUCCAGAUAAUUAAAAUGCUUUCAGACAUGAGUAAAUGUGGGUGUAUGUAUGCAUUAAAAUUACUUCAUUUACUGAGGUGAA